CAGUCCCUUAGCAACAGUGGUGGGGAUCUACAGUAACAGGUCUGCUGGUAAAAUCAACGUUUGGGUGUGGUCUAUAGUCCAAGGAACAUUACAAAAUGGGAUUUCAUUCAACUCUGCACUAUAUGAUUCCUCAGAGAGCAGCGCUGAAAGACUUGAAUGAGAGCAGUUAAACAUGUUGGAUGUGUGAUGAAUGACAGGAGGAAGCAUCAAGUGGAGUGUGGUGCAGAUGAAAGCCUGUAUGUCCACAGCGAGCAGAGGAGGAACUUUCAGUCCAAAUGCUUUCAAGAGAGCACAGGGUUCAUGCUGCUUCCACCAACACCAGGGACCUGUGGAGGCUCACAGCUUUCCUCCAGACACACUGAGCCUCUGGGCCUGCAAGUGCAGGGGUUCUGCUGCCCCCUCCAGCAGAGGCCCUGCAGUGGGAGGGUGAGACCUAAGGUGACCCUGCAGAGCAGAGGGGGAGGAGAUGGGAGGCUGACGGUGCAAUGCAGUCUCAGGUCAAGGCUGGAGAGUGGAGCCAAACCAGCAGCAAGGUCCAGGACUGGAACCGGGCCUGAGAUGAAACCACAAGGUUUAGCUGCAGCUGUGAGCCACUGCUUAGAUCCAGCCAGUGAAACAGCAAAAUCUGCCACAACCCCCUGUGAAAAUAAGAGGCAGGCUGGUGAUGGACAGCCCGGGGCCACCAAAGUCUCAGAACUCCAUCUGUAUCUGCCUUCAUUAAUCUGUGAGGACGACAAGCAGGACGGAGAGGCAGAGGAGAUGAGGACCUUAGUGGUGGAAACUCGUGUUUAAGAAUGUGAGAUGAAGCCAGGCUUAAAACCUUCACACACCAGUGGAGACCAUCAUCUAACACCAGACCUGGUUCUCCAUAUCCACAACACAUCGCAGGCACCUGAUGGCAUCACACUGGAGAAGUCAGAGCAGAUAACAGUUUGAACCAGUUUGCCCCUACAGAACCUUUACUAGGACAGGACAUAAAGGAGAAUAGUGACAAAACAGACUUCUGCUGACACUGCCUGCAGCUUAGACACACACACAGACACACACACACACACACACACACACACACACACACACCAGUACCCAGCAAUGGGCUCCAUAAUUACAUGUUUUAGAGUCUGCCCAAAAUACAACUAUGCAGACUAUGGUGUGAGGGCCCCAAAGGCCACAGGAGAAUAAGUGUUUAUGUACCAAAGGGCCACUUGAGAAAAUGUUUCAGUAACAGGAUGCCUGUGGACAACUGAUAUGCUAGUGCCUCACAAAUGACUUUUAGUGGAACAGGUGUAUUUGUGUCUAAAUAAAACUGGGAUAUAGCACAGCUGCUGAGACAAGACUGGGCCACACAGGAGGGAAAAGAAAAUAGAUGGUAAGAUAAACCUAUUAGUCAUAAAGAUAUGUGACACAGACAGCAGGGAAUUAAAAAAAAAAAAACAAAUACUUGCAAAAACAAUAUACUGCUAGUUUAACAAAUGCCACCUCAGAGAUUACUAUUGUUUGAUCAGAGCCAAAGCUACAAUAAUCAGAGCACUGAUCUGUAACUACAUCAGAUUUCAUUUUUAAGAACUCAGAGCUUCGGUUUGUGGAACUUUAUGAUAAAUACAACUGUGAUUUCUUUGGUGUGAGUUGGCUUUUGACAGAUGGUAUGUGUGGAAAUCAUAUAUUUAUAAUUGGCUGCAUAACUGGCUUGCUUCAGUAGACGGACACAUUUGAUUUUAACUUCGACAUCAAAAAAGACUUUAAAAAAUAAAUUACUUCAGAACCAACAUCACAAACUGUAAAUUCUCUUGUCAUUUUUAAAAUAAACCAGGCAAAAAAUAUUGUAACCAUAUCCAUCCAGUCCAAGUUUAUUCUGGGUUCGUAUGUUUUACUUAUUAUUAUCCACUUCAUUCUAAUGUAUUUUGAGCUGUCAAUAAAUAGCUGAAUGAAGAAUUUGUUUUUUCUUUUAAAGCGUUUUGUUGCAUAACAUCUGACAAAUAACUCAAAUAUUUCAAGCAGCUGCAAGCAUUACUUCUAUAAUAACAGGGUAACUGAUGAAAACUGUUCAGAUAUCUUCUGAGUCACCUGCAUUACUGCCAGUAUUUGUACCACACAUUGUAGCGUCAAAUCACGACAAGUCAUAAGAACAAACCAGAAAAUAUCAAUUCCAGUUUAAUUUCAAACAACCAGUAUGGAAGUUAAAGCAGGUAAGAUUUCCAAAGCUUCUGAAAUUGUCCUUUAAUUCUGCAAUAGAAAUCUGGAAAAGGUCAGAAUUGAAAAUAGAGCCCUCCUCCUUCAGCUCUUCCCACCAGCACUGGCUUCAGACAGCGGUGCUAUGAGUCACCGUCUCAUGAGUGAAAUUCCUCCAUCUGAACCAUUGGGUCACCACAUUAUAGUCCCACAACACACUUCACAGCUCUUUAUACUCUGUGGCCUGAUUUUGGGGACAAAAAAAUCGAUCUCUCGUCACAUUCUAGACUUUCUAAGGCCUGAAAACAGAGCAGAAAACCGAGCAGCCUUUGUUGAACAGAAGUCUAGAUCCUUCUCAGAUCACCUGAAAUACAACAUUCUAAAGGUUUAUUAUGGAACUUUUGCAAAUUUGUACCAAAACAUACUUCCCACCCCAGCUUUAAUAGGUCACAAUAUGCCAUUGCUGUGCUCACUAUUUGUUUCUGUUGUCUUUAAAUGGCUAAUGCCCAAAAUAAAAGAAUUGCAGUGACAAGAAGACAGCCAGGAGAAGGGUUAAAGGGAGAAGUGUCACUAACUGGCUGGGAAUCAGCAAAACAGCUGGCCUUAAGAAGGACAGGUAGCAGGACGGUAGUUUAACUGGAAAAGCACUCAGAGAGCGCAGUACUCCGCCAAGGCUGUUCAUUCCCCCAUAUGGCAUUGCCAGAAACGCAGAAUUUUUUUUUUUAGAAGUGCAGCAUGUGUUUAUUAGUUAUUGAUGAUCAGAAAUCACAACAACAUAGAAUGUGUCCAUUUAAUAUAGAUGUACCCACAAACAAAAUGACCUUGAGCACAGGCGUGUGCUUUGCAUGUGUGCGUUAUGUACAGAUACUGAAUCACGUGACCUAAAUAUGUAGCAGGCAGCGGGAAUUGAUGGGACUCAGAAACACCCACACAAUUUAAUCAGUUGUUCCUUGCAUCAUUUCAGAUGGAUUAUUCCCAAUU